AUGUUCACUAGAGUUGGACUUGCUUUGUCUUUGGUUCCAUGCGUAUUUCUUCCUACUGGCAUCGCACACCACUGUUUUACCCGUUUUGUUUCUAAUCAAAUUCUUGUUGGACCCUCUAAUUCAAUGUUAUAUCCUGACUGUAGUAUUUGCUUACAAAUACGUGAAGCUCUAAUAAUGAAUACUUGUGGAUUGGUCCUACCCCUAGGCUUUGGCUUUCUCUCUUCUGCAGCCUCUGCACUUAUCACACGAUCUUACCCCGUACCUGACCUGCUUGAUGUUAAAAGUAUGUGGAGAAUGUUCAAACUCUAUAGUAACUCAUUUCGAACUGUUGGCACCUGUUUGCUUUUGGGUCAUACAAUAUUUGGAACAGCAUUGGUAUACGCUAUGAUGGAUAGUAAUCAACGUGUUCUCAGGCAGCAAAAGUUUAGUCCCAGUAGUGAUUCAUAUAAUGAAUGA